UGCAUUUGCUGAGCUUGGCGUAUAACUUUUGAGCUCUGAGGAUAGAGAGGACUUGAAGAAUGUGCUGAAGGAACAAACCAGGCGCUCAAGAAGGCGGUCAACUGGCGCACACUUUGCUGCACCAGGAUCAAAUUUGUUUGGACCAGUUGGAACACAUUUUAUACCAGGUCUUGUUGCUGGGAUCCUCCUCAAACUUGGUUGGGAUGUUCUUAACUCAAGCCAUUCCAAUGCCAUGGGAAUGGUGCCUCGGAAUAGAGGCUCAAGGGGCCCAGUGGGAGAGGCAGGUGGUGGGACGAGGAACGCAACAGCAACGUCCGUGCCGGAUGUUUCUGGAGGCGGCGGGGUGGAGAGGAAGAAGGCGGUCGAGACGCACGAUCCUCGCGUUCCAUCUGUAUAAGGUGGGCGGUCUGGAGGUCCUCAAUGGUGAAUUGGGAGGGGUCGAGAGAGGCAGUGUCGAAGUCGUCAUCGGAGGUGGGUUGAGUGGUGUCGUUAUGGAAAAAGAGGGGGCGGGAGGGAGCGGGCGCGGACUGGUGAUGGGGGUGGAGGAGUCGAUCGUGGUGAAGCAUGCGAGAGAGGAGGUCAGCAAGGGGCAUGUCGGGUUCGUGGGCGAGGGCAGUUGCAAGAUCUUUGUGGCAUACUCGCUUGAUGCAGGAGAUGAACGCAAAGUCGGGAAUGACGGUGGUGGGGAGGUGAUGCGGAGGGAGCGGAUGUAUUGGACGAAGCGUGAGAAGUUUGGCCCAUUUGAGGAAGGAGUGACGUGGUCCUCCGGAGGCUCGGCAGUUGCUGACUUCAGCCAUCCACCAUUUGGCGGCAUUGCCGAGGAGGCGGGAGGUGGCAAUGGGGAGCCAAUGGGCAAGGGGCAUGUGGUGGAGGUGAAAAGAGUUCUGGAGUUAGGCGGUGUGCUGGAUGCGCCGGAUGAGGGAGGAGGUGGGGGGAACGAAACGAUGGUGGAGGUUGAAGGGUUGGUGAAUGUGGUGGUAGAGGUGGUAGGAGUGGAGGAGGUCGGCGGGGGGGUGUUGCUGGAGGCGGCUGUGGAGGAGGGAGUGGUUUGCGCUGUGGAGGAGGGAGGUGCGGCCGUGGUGACGACCGUGAUGGAGGGGUUGUUCCUUUCGAGCGUGAUGACGCGGUCGGAUAUGGAUGACACAGUGGCCUUUAUGUCGUUGAGAGAGGCGGUGAUGGAGGUUUGGAGGGUGUUGAGAGUGUGGAGGAUGGCGGAGAGGUCGGGGGUGGCGGUGUUUGCUGGUGGUUGUUCGCCUGCGAGGUUGCGGGCGAUGCUAUCGACCGAGUCGGUGCGGAUGCCAGACAUGUUGAUGGAGGACGCGGUCAUGUCGGUGGAAGAGGGGGUGGAGGACGCAGCCAGAACGGAUGUGGAGGAUGCCGCAGCAGCGAUGGCUGAGGCGACGGCUGCGGAUGAGGUGGAGGCAGGCACGGCGGCAGCGGCGGCGGCGGCGGCGGCUGCGCGUUGGGAGGGUUUGAUGGAGCCAUUGGUUGACGGGCAGGGAUGCGUGGGCUACGAGCCACUGCAUGCUUUGGAUCCUAACCGGUCUGAUGGACAGGUACCUCGUCUAGGGGAUGGAAACGGGGUCACUACGACUGGGGCAAAGCGACAUUGGAAGGUCACUGUUGUGGCCAUGUUGGCCAGAGGCUGUGACGGCGGGGCGAGGCAACCUCAGGACACGAAGGAGCUGCGAGCCUUGCCGAGUAAUGCACCAAUACUGCAGCCCAGGCUGGAGUCCGAGCAGUCACGGAGGAUCCCUGAAAUGCAGAAUGCAGAGCAGCAAAAUGAGGAAGAGCCGCUGCUCUCACAGUGUGUGCUCUUGGAACCGAUUCUGCAGCUGUUAGACAUUCUCUCUCUUGGAAUCUGCCCUCAUCAUAUACGCACAGUACCGAUAGGUGUCACAACCAACAUGGCUUCCACACGCUUUGAACACAGAGAAGAGGAGGCAUUGAUGUAUGUACCCAGGGAAGAGCAGGAGGCGGCCAUGAAAGAGUGGGAUGCAGAGGAAGAUCCACUCAAGCGGCAGGCAAUCGAAGAUGAGAAGAGGAUGGAGUGGAAGUUGCGGCUGAUGAGGGAAAGGAAAAGAAGAGUGGACAUAGUGAGUCAGGCGGAAAGGGAAUUGGAAGAAGUUAUGAAACAGAGAGCGCAGAUGGAGGCGCAAGCGGAUCUAUUGGGAAAGGUGCAGGUCAUGGCAAGGAACAUAGAGCGCCUGGCACAGGUGGGAUCAGAGGUGAAGGCCCGCUUAGAGAGCACAGAGCAUUAUUGCACCGGCGCCAUAGAGGGCGCCAGGCUGGCGGCACCCAAGGAGGAAGAAGCACGUCCUCGUAGGGAGCCUGUCAAAGUGAAAUUUCCCGACUCCUAUAGUGGAAAGGAGGAGGAGAACUUUGACAACUGGGAAGCGAAUAUUAAGACGUAUGUGCACUUACAGAAAGUCGCCCCAGAUGAACACAUCCUGAUAGUUAUCCACGCUCUUAGGGAGGAAGCAGCAAGCUUCGCCCAUUCCCUGUGUCGCGCCGCUAAUUGCAACGAUGACUUAGUUGCAUAUUCGGCAUUUACCCCUCUCAACGAUUUCAUUAAGUUGUUGAGAGAACGGUUUGCAGACGUUACCUGUAGUGUCAAGGCUUCAGAUAAACUGCAAACCAUCCAUUCUCGCCAGUGGAGGAGUGCCAGGGCACUCAAAGGUAUCAUGGACCAGUUGGUCAACCUCUUCUAUCGUGCCAUGCCCGAACAACUACGCGGGCAUUUCUUUGAAAAAAGUCAGCAGCCUACCAUGACCUAUGAUGCUUUGAGCAGGGAAGUGGUAGCAUUCGAAGCGCGGUCCAUGUCAGUCUCCACUUUCUGGCACAAGGACCUGGAUAAGGGCAAAAAGUGGAAAGGCCGUACCAUCUCGGGUCAGGUCAAGACAAAGGAUCGCCUGAUCCUUACACUAGAUGAGGGUGGUAUGGAUGAAGUCCCCUAUGAUCAGAGAGAGUGGGGACUAGUAGAGGAAGUGGACAGUAGCGCUAGCCAGGGGAGGACUUACGCUGCUGUCGCGGCCGGAGGGAGGCCGCAAGGAGGAGGUAGAGGCCAGGGCCAAGGGGGUCGGGCCUCGGAUGGUCGUUCCCAAGGCGAUCAGGGGGUUGGCGGCAGGGGAAACUGCCAAGCGGGAGAUAGGGGUCAAGGUCCCCCGCAAAACCGUUCUAGAAAUAGGUCACCAAAUAGGGGUUUUGGUUGUAAGGGCAGACCUCAAAAUGACUGGAGGGAAGAUUGCAGCUCAGUGUGCACAUGCUGCUUUGGGUGCUUACAACGAACUUCUUCCUCGCGUGUCGUGCUGAAGAGGUGGGAGGCAUGUGGACAACCGAAAAUCGUUGUGACCUGCAAGAACCAGCAGGAAAUGAAUGAGUUGAAGCACAGCGCACAGAGGGCGGGGCUUCCUACGUUCAUAGUGUCAGAUGCGGGAAAAACACAGGUUGCUGCUGGAUCAAAAACUGUUCUUGCUGUUGGACCAGGUCCAAAGAGCACAGUGGACAGCGUUACUCGACACCUUCGUCUGCUGCACUGAGAGGAGGUUUUUGUGCAUUUUGUGGAUAAGGCUCAUAAGGCUCAUAAUGAGUACAGUACCACGGUAUUAUUGUACCUCUCACUCUGUCUCUCACACACAUGUACACACAACACACCCCGAUAGACAAACAUAGACAAACACAUCUGCACACAGAUCAAAUAUGGUCUGCCAACCAUAGAUCCCUAGUUGUCGGCGACUCCCAACUGAAAAAUUGAGUGAUUCCACAAAACAACAUCAACCAAAAUAUCUAUUGUACAGGCACAGUACACCAUUGCACAUCCCCUUCCUUUUUAGACCCAAGACAAUCUCAAACAGAGUUUAGAUAGCUUUGGGCUUCGUGUGUCUUCAGAAAAAGGGUGCGUUUUUUUUGGACCAUGUGGAAAAAAUUGUUUUCUCGCAAGAGUCAAGAGAAGCAUGAGGCUUCUGGAGCUGUCCACAGGGGCAGGGUGUCUUUUUACUUGUCCAUUUCAAGCGGGUAGGCGAUGGGUCGGUCUCAGUCCGCUUGUCUUUCUUUUUUUUCGGAGUCGUUUGCGGCAUCGACGCAGAUUCUUUUCCAGAUAAGACAGCAUACAUCGUAGGUGGUCAUGGUCUGACCACUGAUUUUAAAAUUUUCAUUUGGGCUUGCUGUUGCACUUUUCCUUCUUGGCAUUGCAUCAAAGCUUGAUAGCUUCUGCCUUCGACUCGACCCCGUUGGUUUGGGGCGUCCAAGGCUGGCAAGCAAUCGCUGUUGAUCGCAGGAUAUGCCGAAUCUAUUGUUGUUGUUGUCGUCGUUGGCACGGAAUCCAGCAAAAAGACAACCAGUGCCAACUUUGAACAUGUCUGAAGUCACACCGGCGAGACUGCUGAUGCUGUGGACGACAUGGCCCAGCCCUUCUUUGUAUCUUUUAGGUAGAGUUAUCGCAGGUUAGAAAUCACACAGAGGUCAGUGUUUCGACCCCUUUUUUUUGGCUUUUUUAAUGGUUCGAUGAUUCGGGCCGCUUGAUGUUGAUGUUGAGGGCAGAGGAAUUUUUGUCCUGUUGCUGUUGCUGUUUCUGUUGCUGUCGUGUGUUUUCCACGACAAGAAAACUACCUUGGACUACUCCCCGAUGGUUUGGGGCAUCCAUCCAGAGCUCACAGCCGCUGUUCAAUGCGCUCGCUGGCUCGCAGCGGAAGCCGGCGGGGCUGCCGCUGAAGUGCCUUCCUUGCAAGAAAAUAUUGCAAUUCGGUUUUGUCGCUCUCAUUAUUGUCGUUGUUGGUAGAGUCACACAAAAAACUUCCUUUCACUUAUCCCACAUGAAACAGCCGUGCCGUGACAUGGACGAGAUGAUGUCACAGGACUUCGUGGACCCGUCUUUUUUUCCACCUUGUUUCAGACCAGACGAGGGACCACACACAUGUCAUGGUUUCCUGUCUGCCGAUUAUGAGAUGAGAAUUUUCUC